AUGACACCUACACCUCCUUCGGCGGCGACCUCCUCAUCAGGUCAUUCACCAGAGGAACAAUUUCGUGUAGUCCGGCGGAGAAAUCGGGUGCCACUAAGCUGUUAUCCAUGUCGGACGAGAAAAUUAAAAUGUAACAGGGGGGCUCCAAGCUGUGAAAACUGUGUCAAACGUGGUGAUACGCAAUCAUGUGUUUAUGCAACACCAUCUAGUCGGCGGAAGAACCAAACCAACGCCGGGGCCGACGCAACUCCUGAUGAUAUGCAAAAUCGUAUUGACCGUUUAGAAGGGUUAGUAUUGAGUUUGAUGCAUGGUGGUGCUAAUAUCGACGCGCCGACUGCUGCGGCGGCAGCUGAAGCUACAUCGGCGCGGAAUGCGUCGCUCUCAAAUGCAGAUAGCGCAUCUUCCGCCCGCCUUGACCGAGACAAUGAGGAAAUGACGGCAGAUGUCGAUGAAGAAGCAAGUGAUGUGGACGAAAAUCUGGCCGAGUCACUGGGAGUACUCAAAGUCGAUGCUGAUCUGGGCAAAUCGAUGUACGUUGGACAGGAGCAUUGGCAUACCCUCCUCGCUGAUGUCACUGAAGUGAAAAACUUCUACGCCUCACACAAGAAAGACUUGGAAAACAGCUAUCGCCGUGUGAUGUCCUCAAAACCGCCUACAGCGCGAAACUCGCCCAUAUUUCUACUAUCUGCGCCACCCUCGUCCGAAGUCGAAUUAAGGGCCGAGCUCCCACCAAAGACGGCUAUCACAACGCUAGUAUCGCGAUACUUUAAUUCUCUAGAUACAGCCGCUAGUAUAAUACAUGGGCCGACCUUCCAGCAGCAGUUACGAGCCCAUUGGCAGGAUCCAUCAAAGUCGUCCAUAAUGUGGAUAGGAUUAUUAUACUCCAUGCUAUGUCUAGCCAUGCUUAGCUAUCACAAGGUUGGGGACGAGCCUCCGGAAUGGCAAGGAAGGUCCUUAGAUUUGGCGGCGGAAUAUCGAUUGCGAACCGUUCAAUGUCUUGUCGAGGCUGAUUACACGAAGCCUGUAGAGUAUACGGUAGAGACUAUGCUACUGUACCUUUUUGGAGAAUAUUCUUCUCGCUGGGACGCUGACUUAGGCCUCUGGCUUAUCACGUCUCUUAUUACAAGGAUAGCCUUUCGAAUGGGUUAUCACCGAGAUGCGGAAUGGUUUCCUUCCAUUUCACCUUUUCAAGGAGAAAUGAGGCGGCGAACAUGGGCGCUGUUGAGAAUGGCAGAUAUUAUGUUCUCCUAUCAGGUCUCACUACCUACCAUGAUAUACGAGCACGAUACUGAUACAAAGCUGCCGCAUAACAUAUUUGACGAGGAAUUUGGAGUCAAUACUAAAUCAUUACCGCCUUCAAGGCCAGUUACAGAGCCUACGCCAAUAGCCUAUAUGAUAGGGAAAUCCAGACUCUCUUUCCAGUUCGGUAAUAUCCUUCAAGCAGUCACUCGCGUAGGAAAGCUUGUGCCGUAUGACGAGAUCUUGCAGCAUGAUCGAAAGCUUCGCGAGAUCAUGGACGAAUUUCCGCCCCAUCUGAAAGUCCAACCUUUGGAUGGGUCUCACGACCCUGUUACUCUCAUCAUAGCGCGAUACAAUCUAGAUCUCCUUUUUCAGAAAAUCAUGUGUAUGUUGCACAGAAAGCAUAUAAGCAGAGCCAGGCAGAAUCCCCGGUAUGCGCAUUCCCGCCGCAGUGCCAUUGAAGCGGCACUAGGGACGCUAAACCACUUGAAAUCCAUUUAUCGUGAGUGCCAGCCAAACGGCAGACUUCGAACAAUGAAGUGGUAUGUUUCCUCGACAUCGAGGGAUACACUCCUCCCCACCAUGAUGGUGAUCAUGGAACUUCAUCACGACCACAUGGCGAACGCUGCCGGUAAGAGACAAAACUCUCACGCCGCGUACUUCUGGACGCCCGAACAGCGCCAGGAGAUGAUACAGACGCUCGAAGACGUCCGCGAGAUCUGGUCAAAACUGUCACAGGAGUCAGUAGAGGCAUACAAGGCAUGGAACAUUCUGAACAUAAUGUUGGAGAAGAUAAAGAACCCCGAGCCAGCGCCCACCAAUACGGCAGACGCAGCAGCGAACAGAGCAGAAAACCUAUUCGGCAAUUUCAACUCCGACAACGUGCAGCCCGAACACACAGCAGCAGCCAUGACAUUAGGGAUGCUUUCGGGGUCGACGCCAGCGAGCACAUUUCAAUCCCCUGGCGGGACGAACUACCCCAACCUCGAUCUCGGCGCAAAUAUGGGUCUCGGCUCAUUGCCGGACUUCCAGCCCGAUCUUGGAGCCAUCAAUAACGCGGCGUCGCCAUUCUCAAUGUUUACAAAUCUGGGCAGCGCUAACAACAUGGCCAUUGACCAGAAUUUUGAUUGGGAUGUGCUCGACAACUAUGCGCAGACGGCAAGUUGGACAGACCAGUCGUUCGGGUUCUUCGCGGGGAACCCUGAACAGCAGUCGCAACAAGAGUCGUCUACCGAUGGACCGUUUGCCUUUAUCAAUCCGCGUACAUCUGGCCCUUGA